GAUUUUACAUUCAUAUCAUUAUUUGUAAAAUAUUCAUUAUUUUUUUUCAAUCUUUUGUUUUGGUUAAUCGGUACAACAUUAAUAUCAUUAGGUGUUUGGUCAUUUUUAGAAGAAUAUAAUCAAUAUAAUUUAUUUAAAUUGAAUAAUAUUUUUGAUUUUUUCCUUCAUAUAUCGGUUGCAUUGAUAUUAUCCGGUACGAUUAUAUUUUCAAUGAGUUUAAUGGGUUGUUUAGGUGCAUUACGUGAAAAUCUUUGCCUUAUUAAAUUGUAUUCAUUAAUGUUAUUAAUAUUGUUUGUCGGUGAAAUAAUAAUAUCAAGUUUAGCAUUUAUAUUUCCACAAAAUGUAUUGAAUUUUUUAAAAAAUCAUCUAUCGAAAGAUAUGAUUACAAAAUAUCGUGAAGAUACUAAUUUACAAAAUCUUAUUGAUAUUAUACAAUUACAAUUUAAAUGUUGUGGCAUUUCGGAUUAUGGUUAUAAAGAUUGGUCAAUGAAUAUUUAUUUUAAUUGUACAUAUUUUAAUCCUAGUUCGGAACGUUGUGCUGUACCAUAUUCUUGUUGUCGUAAUUUAAAGACAGAAAUCGAUACAAUGUGCGGUUAUAAUAUGCAAAAUUUAAGCUCCGUAAUCGAAAUCAAUAAAUAUGUUUAUACACGUGGCUGUGUUGAAGCAAUUAGUGAAUUAGUUGAUCAUAAUAUGAAUUUAGUUGCAAUUAUUUGUCUUGGUUCUGCAUUAGCACAGUUAUUUGCAAUGUUUUUAGCACGAUCAUUGCAAGGACAGAUUUUUGCACAACGUGCACGUUGGAUGUAAAUCAUUAAAACAAACAAAACGAAACAUUGUUGGCCAAUUUCUUUAUGUUAUCCAUUUAGUAGAAUCUUUUU